AUGAGGAAGAGGAAGCGCACAUGUCCUCACAGAGAAACGCAGGAUGGGGUCUGUGGAUGUCCUGAGUUCUGGGACCCAAUUGAAUAUUCUCAAGACCUACCCAAAGUGCGUCCUUCGGUGGCCAGAGACACAUCAGUGACACUCCCGGUCCCCACAUUUACCGACUACAAGACCUUCAAGCGACAACAGAGCGUAGACGACGCUAAAAAUAUGACCCGUUCAACGAGUAACAAUCCUCAAAAGUGGCGUCCGCUCAAGACUAAUUGGGACGAUGGCCCCCGAGAGACAUCGCUGCAGCCCCAAAUGAUGGCCAGAAAUGCCGAGGCGACUCAGCAGCAACCAUUCGUUUUGGUUGAUUACCCUCUCCCUGAAGGCGAGGCACGUCUUGACUGGGACACGGAUCUUGUGCGUCGACUGUUCGGCGAGAUCCAGUAA